CUAUCUGAUCCUUUCACAGAGUCAAUGAAUACAUAUCCGUAUAAUUUGUGCCUCGCUGUAGUUGCUCAAAUUGCUGGCAACUGCCGUUGUGCUUGCUGCAUUUUCUCGCAAGAAGGAUUUUUAAUUGUCUCGUGUAUUUCGUUGAAAUGUGCAGUGCCACCAGAUGCAGGAAUUGACAUUUCAGAGCCGAGUCUUCGCAGAUUCUGAGGGAAGAGGUUGUUUUGAUGGAGGUCGGUAGAUGUGGGCUGAAUCUCGAUAGAUUCAUGAACCCUCAUGAAUUUUUCAAAUUCGGAAAUGAAUUUCACAAGUCCUUGGGAUCUCCCAGAAAGCCUAAUUCCAAGAUGUUAAGAACCCAAUCCUUUGAUCAGUACAACAGAGCCCCCAAAAUUAGUUUCACCAGAGCUUCUGCGGAUGAUUACAUGAAAACUCUUCAGGAAUUGUCCCUUCCAUGCUAUGGCCAGACUGAGGUGAUCAAAAUCCAAACAAUAGACGCAGGAACAUUUGGGUUGCCACGAGCUUCCGGCAUUUUUUCAUGGCCGACGAGUCUGGGAAGCAGGUUAAAUGAUACUGGGUUGCCUGUGUCUCUGAAAAUUCUGAAGAGAAAGCUUUGUGAAGAAAGGGAAAACAAUAUUUCAAUCAAAGGAGGAAGGCAGACAGCCUAUUGUUCAAUAAAGAGGGCAUUUUCUUCAACGGUUUUCAUUAUCAGGGAGCUUCAAACAUAUGCUCUGCAGAUGAGGCAAAUCCUCCUGCGUGAGGAUUUACAUGAGGUUAUUGGGAUGGUGCAGAGAGAAAUGCAGAUUUCUUUUGUCUGGCUAUUCCAACAGGUUUUCUCAUCCACUCCUAUUUUCAUGGUUUCUGUAAUGAUUCUGCUGGCUAAUUUUACAGUAUAUUCAAUGGGGAAGAACCUUGCUUUGGCUGCCAUUCCUUUUGCUGGAAGCUCCACAUCUGUCAUAUGUUCUGCAGAAGAAGAAAUCAAAAUCAUACAAGCAGACCGAUCAUGGGUCUCGAAGUACAAUUACUUCAAGACAUCAUGUUCUUCGCCAAAUCCAGAUUUGGCCAAAACAGGUACAGCCCACACUGUGGAAACCCAGGGGAAUGGGCAUCCUUCAAAUCAGAGUAUCAAAAUAACACAACUUUGGCAAUGUUUUCUCAAGGAAAUUGAAUCGGACUUGAAGAGAGAAAUUGAUCAUGAAAGCCUACAGAGGUUAGUUUCAGCUACUAGUACUCACCUUGAGCCAGACAAUUAUAACUGCUAUGACAGAACAGAAUUGCUUUACCAGGAAGCUAUCAGUGCAGAUCCUGAUAAUGCUCUUCUUCUUUCAAAUUAUGCUCAAUUCCUUCAUCUUGUCAGGCAUGACAAUCACAGGGCUGAAGAGUAUUUUGGUGAAGCCUUGAGAGCUGAUCCAAUGGAUGGAGAUGCUACUGUCAAAUUUGCAAAUUUUCUGUGGUUGGCAAAGGGUGACCUGUUCAGUGCAGAGAAAAUAUAUCUAAGGGCCAUAGGCAUAGAUCCUAAGAACCCUUUCCAUGCUGGUUGUUAUGCACACUUCUUAUGGCAAACUGGAGGUGCAUAAUCUUCAUAUUCAGGCAAUCUCACCACCUGAACACCUAUUUUAUAUCAAAUAAUUUCCUUCCUUGAUAGGUGCAGAGAUUUGGUUCGGACUUUAAUGUGGUAGAAUGAUUUCAAAUGUCUCGAUUUUCUAUCCAUGGGUUCUCUGAUACAGACAAUAGAUCAAAUGCUUAUAAUAACAGAGAACAUGAUAAGCUUGGUGAUACAUAUACUUAAAAAAUCAUGGAGUACAUUCAUCCCAAGUUUGCACAGUCCCUAUACCAGUUAUUUGGGGUAUAGACCUGUAAUGUACCAAACAUAUUGUCCAUUGAUUAAUUAACUGUUAAAAAAUAUUUUGGGUA